GCCGCCGCCCUUCUGCCUGGAGAAGUUUAACUCGGGAGCAGCACAGCAGCCCGAGCUGCCGCGGCGGGGCAAGGAGCCGCGCCGAGAGUCGUCACGCCCGGGGCCACCGCGGGACAGGAGGUCGUCUCUAGCAGAGGCGGCGGUGGGGACAUACCGAGGGUGGCGGCGCUCCGGGAGCUGCCCCGCCCGCGUCAUGGCAGCGCGGUCCCGGAGACCCUGGCUGAGCGUGGUACUUGGGCUAGUGCUGGGUUUCACCGCCGCCUCCUGGCUUAUUGCUCCCAAAGUGGCCGAGCUGAGUGAGAAGCGGCGAGGCGCCAGUAUCUGCUCUUACUACGGCCGCUCGGCGGGGCCGGGGGCGGCCGGGGGCGCGGCGGCGCCGGGAGGGCAGCAGGCGCCGCCGGAGGCAGCGGUGGUGCUGGGCGGCACGAGUUUCAGGAGCAGCGCUUGGGAGCUGCCGCCAGUGGCGGCGGACGUGGGCGGCACGGUUUCUAGUCCCGCUGCUGGCGGGGAAGGAGACCCGGAGGAAGAGGAUGAAGGCGGCGAGAAGCGGAGCGGCCGACCCGGCAGCAGCCACAACGGGAGUGGGGACUGGGGGAGCGCCCCGGGCUGCACCAAGCCUCGCAACUUCCUUUAUGUGGGAGUGAUGACGGCCCAGAAGUACCUGGGCAGCCGGGCGGUGGCUGCACAGCGGACUUGGGCGCCUUCAGUGCCGGGCCGUGUGGAGUUCUUCUCCAGCCAGGGCUCCGCCACACCCCCUGGGUUGCCCCCGCUGCCCGUCGUUGCCCUGCCCGGCGUGGACGAUUCCUACCCGCCGCAGAAGAAGUCCUUUAUGAUGAUCAAGUACAUGCACGACCACUACCUGGACAAGUACGAAUGGUUCAUGCGGGCGGACGACGAUGUCUACAUUAAAGGUGAAAAAUUGGAAGAGUUUCUUCGCUCACUGAACAGCAGUAAACCUCUGUAUCUGGGGCAGACUGGUCUGGGUAACAUUGAAGAACUUGGAAAACUUGGACUGGAGCCGGGAGAGAAUUUCUGCAUGGGAGGGCCAGGAAUGAUCUUCAGCCGAGAGGUUCUCAGGAGGAUGGUGCCACAUAUAGGUGAAUGCCUUCGAGAAAUGUACACCACUCAUGAGGAUGUGGAAGUGGGCAGGUGUGUCCGAAGGUUUGGAGGAACUCAAUGUGUUUGGUCAUAUGAGAUGCAACAACUGUUCCAUGAAAAUUAUGAACACAACCGCAAGGGUUACAUUCAAGAUCUUCACAACAGCAAGAUUCACACAGCUAUAACGCUUCAUCCCAACAAAAGACCUGCCUACCAAUACCGGCUGCACAAUUACAUACUGAGCUGCAAAAUAUCCGAAUUGCGCUAUCGGACCAUCCAGCUUCACAGAGAGAGUGCCCUGAUGAGCAGGCUCAGUAACAGUGAAGUAAAUAAGGAAGAUCAGCAGCUAGGAGUGCUGCCAUCUUUCAACCAUUUCCAGCCACGUGAAAGGAAUGAAGUCAUUGAGUGGGAAUUCCUGACGGGAAAAUUUCUUUACUCAAUAGUGGAGAACCAACCACCCCGGCAGAGCCUGAGCAGCGUCCUGCGGGCUGCCCUGGAUGACACUGUGAUGCAGGUCAUGGAAAUGAUAAAUGAGAACUCUAGAUCCAGAGGAAGGCUGAUUGAUUUCAAGGAAAUACAGUAUGGCUAUCGCAGAGUGGACCCUCUGCAUGGAGUGGAGUACAUCCUGGAUUUGCUGCUUUUGUACAAAAGGCACAAAGGAAGGAAAGUUACAGUUCCAGUGAGACGCCAUGCUUACCUUCAGCAGCUGUUCAGCAAACCUUUUUUCAAAGAAGCAGAGGAGCUGGAUAUAAGAAGCCUGCUGGAGGAUGACAAAAGUGACACCAAAUCUUUCCCUUUUCUUUCAAAUUCUUUAAAGAUUUUCCCCUCGUCAUUCCAAGGUACCAAAGACAUUGGGGGACGCAAUGACAAGAAAAUACACAUUCUUGUCCCUCUCACAGGCAGGUUUGACAUUUUCUCAAGGUUUAUGUAUAACUUUGAGAAGACUUGUCUGAUUCCUAGGCAGAAUGUAAAGUUGGCAAUAAUUCUCUUCAAUUCCGUGUCAGGCCAAGAUUCCAACAAGCACAUAGAGCUAAUAAAAGAAUACAGCAUUAGGUAUCCUACAGCAGAUAUGACCCUGAUUCCUAUGGCAGGGAAGUUUUCUAGAGGUUUAGGUCUUGAAAUGGCCUCGUCUAGGUUUGACAAUGGCACUUUGCUGCUGUUCUGUGAUGUUGAUCUAAUAUUCACACCAGACUUUCUCCAGCGCUGCAGAGAUAACACUAUUCAGGGAGAACAGGUUUAUUACCCUAUCAUCUUUAGCCAAUAUGAUCCAAAACUAAUAUACGGAGGCAACCCUCCAGCUGACAGUAGUUUUGUUUUUACAAAAAGAACUGGAUUUUGGAGGGAAUAUGGAUUUGGAAUUACUUGUAUAUACAAAAGCGAUCUACUUACUGCUGGUGGAUUUGAUACCUCAAUUCAAGGCUGGGGACUUGAGGAUGUAGACCUCUUUACUAAAGUGAUAACAUCUGGCUUGAAGGCUUUCAGAAGUCAGGAAGUAGGAGUUGUCCAUAUUUUUCAUCCAGUUCAGUGUGACCCUAAUUUAGAUCCAAAACAGUAUAAAAUGUGCUUAGGAUCCAAAGCAAGUACAUUUGCCUCUACCACACAGCUUGCUGAACUCUGGCUACAGAAACAUUUGGGUGUCAGGUACAAUCAAACACUCUCUGGACAUCUCAGCCUGUUUGGCCUUCUUUAGGGUGUUUACCUCAUUAUUAUUGUUAUUAUUAUUUUAUUUUGCUGUCAUAAUUUCAAACUCCUUCCUCCUUGUCUUCCAAAGACUGUUGACCUCAAAUGGGUUGAGUCUGCUGUUCACUGAUGUUUCUUAUACCUACUGAACUGGUGAGGUGUAUGUCUUUGUAAUUCCUUCGUUUCAAAUUCAGUCAAGCCACAGCAGUCAUAUGAUCUCAUGAAGCACAUCCAUUACAAGAGACUGCAUCAGAACAUUCUCUUUCUGCUUUAGGAUGCUGUGUCACCCUUGUUGCAUUUUUCAGAUGUAAUGUGAUACAAAUAUUUACUGAUGGAGGUACCACAAAAGUGCUUUAUGCUUCUUCUGGGGAUGGAACUCUAUAAGAUAAACUUGAGUUUUAUAAUUUAUAUGAGAACUUAUAUGUAUAAAUGCUUUUCUUCAUCUUUAGAAUUUUUAAAGUAAAUGAAUAACUAUGAUUGUAGCUUUAUUUUUUUUUUUUACAAAGGAAAACCAAAAGCUGAGGGGCUACUUGCAAACUCAACUGGUACUGGCUACCAAGGUCUUUAAAUGUCUUAUUAUACUAACAGCCUCCUCAUUGUUGUUCACUCUGAAGUGUAAAUUAACUUUAUUUUCACAAGGAAUAGGAUUUAAUUAAAUGCUGAUGUGUGCUUUGGAAGGUUUGUGAAUAAAUGUCCUUCAUUUGCAGUCAAGAAGAAACUGUGACUUAACGUGGCCAUUUAUGGUGAAGUCCAGGCACACAGUAUUCUUCUUUUAAAGCAGAGUAUAAGUUGAUGUUUCUUUUUUUUUUUUUUUUUUUAGAAUGAGUUUAAUAUGUAAUUUUCUUUUACAUUCCCUUCAUAAAGAUGCACUUGUUACAGAAUAUUGGGAGUUAAAGAUGUAUUUUUUUUCCCUUUUUUCAUUUUCCAUGAAUAUUGGUACUCAGUAGCAUUUAAUUGUUAAAAUAAUUGUAGAAUAAUUAUUUAAGUUUAAAAAAUUACUAUUGCUGGUCAAAACUCAUUGCCAAUAUAUUUAUAUUAGUGGAGGUUAUAAAACUGCGUUAAGAUUUAUCUCCCUGGACAGCCUGAAGUUGUCACAGGGGAAGAUUCACAGAGUAAAGCAGUUAAAAUUAUGCCAGCAUAAGACAUAAUAAAAUAAAAUUCUGUAUUUUAGAGAAAUGUUUAUAUAGGGAUAUAUAUAGGUACGUGUGUCUGUAUGCGUGUGCAUACAUCCCUGUACAUGGAUACUUAGAGUAAUUUCAAAAUAUGUUCCUAUUUUCAGCUCAGUUCAGGCAGUGAUUUCUUAUCAAUCAUUGUAAUUUUUUGCCAUGUUCUUGGAAGGUUUCAAGUUAUACUGUGAUAAAAGCUCAAAGACAUUGAAAAGACGCCAAAAUUCAGCUAAACUGAAAUUAAUACUGUGGGUAUGGCUAAUAACCUCAAUCCCCUUGAUUUCAACCCUGUUUCAAAUACAGCUGGUCCAGAAAAAGUGAGCAAUUACAGAAUUUAAGUUUGUACAUUUAUCAGUUGUAACUGACUCCUUCUGUGUUUCCCUUCAAAUAACAUCUAAGAUAAUUGGAAUUCACAGGCAUGUCUAUUUGUAUGAUGAUAUCCUGAUAAAUUUCCUAAGGCACAAGGAGGGCAUGCAGUAGUUCUGUUAAUGUCACUUAUCUAUGGUUCUGUGUUCUGCAUUUACCAUGCAAGGUAAUAAGCAUCCCUGAAAAGAAUCAAAGGAGUGGUCAUAGCAUUUUGCAUGUUUAAAAAAUUCCUGGGAGAAGGAAAUAAUUGCAGUAGAUGAGAGUAGGUAGAAGGUGAUUCUUGCUUGUCUGCUGUCCUCAAGGAGUGUUCCUGGCUUGUUAGUCUCCUAGAGGCUCUUGCCUUCCCAGCCCAGUGUCGUUAGCUCAAAUAUCUGGAUGAAGUAAAAUUCAGUAUUACUUAUGAAGUAAUUAUUGCAGAGCACUCUUUGUAUUGUGUGCAGAGAUCACACUUUGUUCAGUAAGAGAGCCAAGAACAAAGAACAUACAAUGAAUUCGUUAAGUUAGUCUCCGAUUGUACAACUCCAAUUGUAAAUACCUAAAACUGAAUGCUUGCUGAUAAAUGUCUAUUUUCAUAAACAUGAAAAAAAGGAAACAACAGCGAUUUACGAAGAGAUCCAAGGUAGUCAUUGUCAGCUGGGACGUAUUUCAGUUACUUAAUUUGAUGGCCACAAAGUAUUUGCUCAGCUCACAGUAAAGUAGUAGAUUUAAACAAGAAAAGAAACCAAUCAUUCACUGGGGAUAAAGAUGUAUGUGGAGGGCUUGCAGGAUCAGGUCCUAUGUAAUACAAGCAAAAUGCCAGUAUUUACCAAUACAAAUAUUUAUUUAGUGUCUGACUGAUUAAUUUGUUUAUAUGAUUAAUUACUUUGUUUAAAAAGAAGAAAAUAUUAUAAAUGUUUAUUAUGUAAUAUUACAUUGUCUUUUGAAAUAACUAUCCUGAGAUAACUUGAGAACUUGUGUUAGUUUGUUUAAGGAAUAAUAUGCCUUCUAAGGAGAUCAUAUUAAAAGAAAGAAAGGAAAAAAAAAAAACCACACACAGAAGUCUUAGAGUAAUGUCAUGGAUGUGGAGAUUAAGAUGAGAAUGUCUGUGCUAAUCAGCUGUUUGGUUUUGUUUGAUCUGAAUCAUAACCUUGACUGGAAAAUGAAAUGUCUAUGUAUGAUGGCCCUCUGUAUGUGCAUAACUAAUGAAUUAAAAAUAGAACAGAAUGA